CUUUUGAAAAUAUUUCUGGAAAGUUCUAGAGAAAAAUGUGAAGAUAUUUUUAGAACAAGGAAAAAUAAUCUUAAAAUAGAAAAACGCGGUUAAAUAAUUUAAGCGAUAAAAAUAACUGAUAGAUGUAGUGAAAUAUGAUAAGUAAUACAAAAAUCUCAUCAGAAAUAAACAAAAAUCUAAUCAGCAAAAUGAUCUACAGAAAUUUAAAACAUAUAUAUAGAUGUGGAUAAGUUGACAAAAGAGUUUAAACCGCUUAAAGAAAAAUGGAUUUUUCAGAAAUAUUAGAAGAUAUUCAACAAACUACUUCAGAAGAAAUUAAUUUUCUAUUGCCGCCCUACAUGGAAGAAGAAGAUUUCCAAGUUAAAUUUUCUGCAACUCUAAGAAGUGUAACAAAGUCAAUACGACUAAAGGACACACAAUUGGCGAUGAUUAACUCUUUCUAUUUAGGACAACUCCUAGACCAACUACCAACUCCUAGCGAACGAUUGAAAUACAAGCAUAAAAUGUCAUUAUAUUAUGCAACAAUUGUAGAAAAGACUUUUGAUAUUUUUGAGUUUUUUCCAGAACAAAUCUUAAGGACGAAGAAACUAGACGUCCAGGUUAUUAGGAAAAUUACCAGACCUCAGAUAAGGAAACUUAGAAAUAAUUUAUUGAUUUUAGCAGGAGCUGCAAAUUAA